CUGCUUAUUUAAAAAGCAGCUGAGUAGUGAGGGAUUGAGCAGCACUGCUCUCCUCACACCCAACUCUAAAUUAUUCAGCCUUACCAGAUCCUCAACCCAGCGAUUACGAGCCUUUUCUGUCAUGCACUGUCACAUGCUGGUGCCGAGGGACCAUUAAUCACCAUGAAAGCCACUUUCGUUCAUGCAUUGAAUAGGCCUUUGGCAGUUUAUGAUAUGAUGGUGAGGUUGUAGGGUGGCACCAUGGCUGCGAUGAUACCACCAGUAAAACUAAAAUGGUUGGAGCACCUCAACAGCUCCUGGAUCGCUGAGGACAGCGAGUCAAUCUCCACCCGUGAAGGCGUCGCUCUUCUCUAUGGCAAGCUGCUGUCCAAUAAGGAGGUGGUUCUUCUCCCUCAGCAGGUGCUAUGUCUGAAGGGUCCUCAGCUGCCGGACUUUGAGCGAGAGUGUCUGUCCAGUGAUGAACAGGAGCAUUAUCUUGAUGCGCUGCUGGCUAGUCAGCUUGCUCUGGCCAAGACGGUGUGCUCAGAUUCACCCUUUGCCACUGCCCUUCGCAAGCGUCUGUUAGUGCUGCAGCGGGUUUUUUAUGCACUUUCCAACAAAUACCAUGACAAGGGCAAGGUCAAACAGCAGCAGCACUCGACCGAAAACACUCUGGGUUCUGCAGACUUGCAAGCAGUUAGCGAGCGGCCGCGCUCUAGUACAGACGCCCUCAUUGAGAUGGGCGUGCGAACGGGUCUUAGUUUGCUUUUUGCUUUGCUCAGGCAGAGCUGGACACUUCCUCCGGCCGGUCCAGGGGUCAACCUCUGCAACGAUGUCAUCACCACAGCCAUCGAAGUGGUGGGCUCCCUUCCGCCGCUCUCCUUGGCCAAUGAAAGCAAGAUUCCACAGAUGGGUUUGGACUGCCUGGCCCAGGUCACCACGUUCCUGAAAGGAGUCACCAUGCGCAACUCAGGGGCCGAUGUGGUGGGGAGGAGGCUGGCGUGUGAGCUGCUGCUGGGAUUGGCAGCGCAACGAGGGUCCCUGCGCUACCUGCUGGAGUGGGUUGAGAUGGCCCUUGCUGCAUCGGCCGGUGUCAGCAGCCUGGAGCAGAGCCAGGAGGGGCUGAUGGGAUACGACUGCUUCAUGAACAUACUGAUGCAAAUGAGGCGUUCACUGGGUUCAUCUGCUGAUCGUAGCCAAUGGAGAGAGCCAACACGCACACCUGAUGGUCUCUGUUCCCUGUAUGAGGCUGCACUUUGCCUGUUUGAGGAGGUCUGUCGCAUGGCUUCAGAUUACUCAAGAACUUGUGCAAGUCCAGACAGUAUCCAGGCAGGUGAGGCAGCCAUGGUUUCUGAGACCUGUGAGGUCUAUGUGUGGGGCAGCAACAGCAGCCACCAGCUUGUGGAGGGCACUCAAGAGAAAAUCCUCCAGCCCAAACUUGCUCCCAGCUUCAGUGAUGCACAAACGAUUGAAGCUGGCCAGUACUGCACAUUUGUCAUCUCCUCUGAUGGUUCAGUCCGAGCGUGUGGGAAGGGCAGCUAUGGGCGCCUGGGACUGGGUGACUCAAACAACCAGUCCACUCUUAAGAAGCUGACCUUUGAACCUCACCGUGCCAUUAAGAAAGUUUCAUCAUCCAAAGGCUCAGAUGGCCACACAUUAGCUUUCACUAGCGAGGGAGAAGUGUUCAGCUGGGGUGAUGGAGAUUAUGGCAAACUGGGUCAUGGCAACAGCUCUACCCAGAAAUACCCUAAACUAAUACAGGGCCCUCUACAGGGAAAGGUGGUGGUUUGUGUUUCAGCAGGGUAUAGACACAGCGCUGCAGUCAGUGAGGAUGGAGAGCUUUACACAUGGGGAGAGGGUGACUUUGGUAGAUUAGGUCAUGGCGACAGUAAUAGUAGGAACAUCCCUACGCUAGUGAAAGACAUCAGUAAUGUAGGUGAGGUGUCCUGUGGAAGCUCCCACACCAUUGCGCUGUCUAAAGAUGGGCGUACGGUCUGGUCCUUUGGAGGUGGAGACAAUGGGAAACUGGGUCAUGGUGAUACCAAUCGUGUGUAUAAACCCAAAGUGGUGGAGGCGCUCCAGGGAAUGUUCAUACGCAAAGUUUGUGCUGGUAGCCAGUCAUCUCUUGCCCUCACCUCUACUGGUCAGGUUUAUGCUUGGGGCUGUGGUGCUUGUCUUGGCUGUGGUUCAUCGGAGGCCACUGCGCUUAGGCCAAAACUGAUUGAGGAACUUGCCACAACUAGAGUGGUAGACAUCUCCAUAGGAGACAGCCACUGCCUUGCUUUAUCACAUGACAAUGAAGUGUAUGCCUGGGGGAAUAACUCCAUGGGUCAGUGCGGUCAAGGGAAUUCCACUGGGCCAAUCACCAAACCCAAGAAGGUGAUUGGUUUAGAUGGAGUGGCCAUUCAGCAAAUCUCUGCUGGCACCUCCCACAGCCUGGCAUGGACUGCCCUCCCAAGAGACAGGCAGGUGGUGGCCUGGCAUAGGCCAUACUGUGUGGACCUAGAAGAAAGCACGUUCUCUCACUUGCGCUCAUUUCUGGAACGAUACUGUGACGGUAUCAACAACGAAAUCCCACCUCUGCCUUUCCCAUCUUCCAAGGAGCAUCAUAACUUCUUGAAACUAUGUCUGCGGCUCUUGUCCAAUCACCUGGCUCUAGCGCUGGCAGGUGGCGUGGCCACCAGUAUCUUGGGACGGCAAGCACGGCCACUUCGCAAUCUGCUUUUCAGACUGAUGGAUGCGUCAGUGCCGGAUGAAAUCCAGGAGGCUGUCAUUGAGACUCUGUCCGUGGGCGCGACGAUGCUGCUGCCUCCUCUGAGAGAGAGAAUGGAGCUAUUGCACUCGCUCCUUCCUCAAGGACCAGACCGCUGGGAGAGCCUCUCCAAAGGACAGAGGAUGCAGCUGGACAUAAUCCUCACUAGUCUGCAGGAUCACACCCAUGUGGCAUCUCUGCUGGGGUACAGCUGUCCUCCAGAUGCCUCCGAGCCUCCCACUCUACCAUCCGACUCUACGCAUGUGCCUGGCACUCAUUCUGAUACACAUCCUGACACACACUUGGCAGAGAUCCUUAUGAAAACACUACUCAGGAACCUGGGCUUUUAUACGGACCAAGCUUUUGGAGAGCUGGAGAAGAACAGUGAUAAGAUCUUGCAGGAAACAUCUUCGUCUGAUAGCAGCCAACCAGCUCACCUCCAUGAACUGCUCUGCUCUUUACAGAAGCAGCUACUGGCCUAUUGCCAUAUCAACUGUGUUACAGAGGGCUCCAGUAGUGUGGCCCUCUUCCACAAACACCUGCAGUUAUUAUUGCCUCAUGCCACAGAUAUCUAUAAUCGCUCCGCAACUCUUCUAAAAGAAAGCUCUGGAAAUGGCAGUGUGCGUGAGAAGCUACGAGAUGUGAUCUACAUGUCUGCAGCGGGCAGCAUGCUGUGUCAGAUUGUGACGUCCUUGCUGUUGUUGCCUGUUUGGGUGGCACGGCCAUUGCUCAGUUACCUCUUAGACCUGCUUCCCCCUCUGGACCGUCUCAACAGACUUCUGCCUGCCGCCACACCUCUGGAGGAACAGGAGCUGCAGUGGCCACUACAUGGCACUCCAGAUCUUGUUGAUCCAGUAUGUGUGUCAGGACCAGCACAGUGCUGGGUGUGGUUGGUGGAUCUGGAGCGUACAGUAGCGCUGCUGGUGGGACGUUGUCUCGGAGGAAUGCUGCAGGGAGCCCCUCCCUCACCAGAGGAACGGCACACCACCCAUUGGCUCAAAACACCGCUUUUUAGUAACGGCUUGCAGACUGAUAUACCCCAGCUUGAUGCGUGUAUUAGCUCUUUGCUGGAGGUGGCUCUGUGUGGAAAUGAGGAGCAAAGACCAUUUGACUGUCAGUUGCAUUCUGACAUGAGUGUGCUGGUUGAUUUGUCCCUUGGAUCAACUAAAGAGCCCACACACAGCUUGUGGACAAACAUGCAGGACUAUGCCAUCAGCAAGGAUUGGGACAGUGCAUCAUUGCCGAAUGAGGCUCUGUUAGACACAGUGUCCCGCUUUGUGCUUGCUGUCCUGCUGAAACACACAGGGCUGCUGGGACAGGCGGGUGGAGAGGGGAGGUAUCAGCCUUGUAAACUCUUGGCAGAGGUGUAUCGCAGUGUGUAUAAGGUGCGGAAUCGCCUCUUGGCUUGUAAGAGCAUGGAGCUCAUCCAGACCCGUUCGUCAUCACGAGAACGCAGGAUCUCUGAUAAUGUGGACUCUGUGGAGAUGGACCCACAGGAACACUCUUUCACCCGAACUAUAGACGAAGAGGCUGAGCUGGAGGAGAGAGACAGAGAGAGAGAAAGAGAAAGAGAAGAGGGUCAUCAGGAGCAGGAAGAUGAUGAGGAGGAAAGAGAGCAUGAGGUCAUGACCGCAGGAAAAAUCUUUCAAUGUUUCCUAUCAGUACGGGAGGCGGCACGAGGAAGGGAGCGAGAUCGAACCGGAAGCAUGAGCGUGCAGGACGAGCCAGCUCAGCCCGGUCCGGAGCGCAGGAGCAGCACGACCCCUCAGGAGGGACAGGAUCUUUAUACCACUGCGUGCAAUGCUGUCAUCCACCGCUGUGCCAUGCUCCUGCUGGCCGUCAGCACACCGCUCGUUCAGCACAUCAAUCCGCAACCCCUGACAGGUGGGGUCAACCCCGAUGCAGGCGGGUUUAUGACAAGGAGUGAGAGCCUUUCAGCAGAGAGUCGGUCCAUCCAGAGCAGUCCCAGCUACAGACUCACAAAAUCCAGGAGUGAGUCUGAUCUCUCCCAGCCAGAGUCUGAUGAGGAGGGAUACUCACUGAACGUGAGGAGGAAUGUGGAUCUGGAUUUAGCUUUCACUCCUAAAAAAAGAGGCUUUCUCUACAGUUCUCCAGACUCUUCUGCUGACUGGUUUGGAGGACGCUCUGCUCGCGAGUGUUUGUACAGCUCUCCACAGUCCUACGAGGAGUCAGACCUCGAUCUGAGCCAUUCAUUCAGGCUCCAUGCACUCAUCGAGAACAUAGUGAACUUCAUCAGUGGAGAUGUUGGGAAUGUCCCUGCGUUUAAGGAACCAGAAGAGAGUGUGUCCACCAGCCCACAGGCCAUUAUAAUAGCCAUGGAGCAGCAACAGAGUCGAGCGGAGUUGCGUCUGGAGGCCCUUCACCAGAUUGUGGUGUUGAUUUCUGGGAUGGAGGAGAAAAGCAGUCAGGCAGGCGCUGGAGGUGGAGCUGGACGCACAGGCCUCAGUUUUCACUCUGCCUCUCUGCUAACAUCAGUCAGACUGCAGUUCCUGUCGGGAUGUUUUGGCCUUGGUGCUGUCUGCAAUGGGGGGCCAAAAGGGGAGAGUGUCCAACUGCACCAUUACCAGGAUGGAGUCAGAGCAGCCAAGAAAAGUUUACAGAUGGACAUUCAGACAGCUGUUCAUAAGAUUUAUCAGCAGCUGUCAGUCACAUUAGAGAGAGCCCUGCAAGCAAACAAGCACCACAUAGAGGCCCAGCAGAGGCUACUGUUGGUGACGGUCUUUGCUCUAAGUGUGCGAUACCAGCCUGUCGAUGUAUCAUUAGCUAUCUCCAGCGGUCUCUUGGAUGUUCUCUCUCAGCUUUGUGGAACAGAAACCCUGCUUGGACAGACUCUGCAGCUCCUGCACAAACCUGCAGGCUCUCAGCUCAGCACUGCCCUCAAAGUGGCCAGCACCAGACUGCUACAGAUACUAGCCAUCAGCACCGGCACAUAUGCAGACAGGUUGGGUCCUAAGGUGGUCCAGGCUCUUCUGGAUCUCCUGUGCAGUCAGUUGAAGACUCUGCUGGCUCAGGCUGCUGGAAGCACACCCAGUGCAAGUACAGAACUGCAGGAGAAGACUGACGACUGCGCAGAUGCUCAGAAAAAAGAUUAUCGAGCAUUGUUACGUAAGAGACACACAGCAGAGCUGCACCUCGGAGACUUCUUGGUGUUUCUGCGGCGAGUCGUCUCUUCUAAAGCCAUUCAGUCCAAGAUGGCCUCUCCUAAAUGGACUGAAGUCCUUCUCAACAUUGCUGCUCAGAAAUGCUGUUCAGGCAUUCCGCUGGUUGGUAAUUUGAGGACACGGCUGUUAGCCCUGCAUGUUUUGGAAGCUGUGCUUCCUGCCUGUGAGAGCAGCGUGGAGGACCAUCAGAUGACCCAGGUGGUGGAGAGGUUGUUCUCGCUGCUCUCAGAUUGUAUGUGGGAGGCACCUGUUGCUCAAGCCAAACACACCAUCCAGCUGAAAGAGAGAGAGCAGGAACUCAAACUACAGGGUGAAUCAGAGGAGGAAGAAGAAAAUUUGCCUAUCCAGGAAGUAACCUUUGACCCUGAGAAGGCACAGUGCUGUGUGGUGGAAAGUGGACAGGGAUUGACACAUGGCAGUGGAGGCAAAGGUUACGGCCUAGCCUCCACUGGCAUUUCUUCUGGCUGUUACCAGUGGAAGUUCUAUAUCAUGAAGGAGAAUCGUGGAAAUGAGGGAACGUGUGUAGGUGUGUCACGCUGGCCUGUGCAUGAUUUCAACCACCGCACAACAGCCGACAUGUGGCUCUACCGUGCAUACAGUGGCAACCUCUACCAUAAUGGAGAGCAGACCCUCACGCUGUCCAGCUACACACAGGGAGACUACAUCACCUGUGUGCUGGACAUGGAGGCCAGGACUGUGUCCUUUGGCAAGAACGGAGAGGAACCCAAACUGGCCUUUGAGGAUGUCGAUGCUACCGAGCUGUACCCUUGUGUCAUGUUCUACAGCAGUAACCCCGGGGAGAAAGUAAAAAUCUGUGACAUGCAGAUGAGGGGCACACCACGUGACCUGUUACCUGGUGACCCAAUCUGCAGCCCUGUGGCCACUGUCCUGGCGGAAGCCACCACCCAGCUGGUCCGUAUCUUACACCGUUCAGAGCGCUGGACCCAAACUAUCAACCGCAGCAUCCUCCAGCGCCUCCAGCAGAUCAGAGGCUGCCUGCGAGAAGGAGCUCCUCCAGCAGGGGCCACCAGACUGCGCAAGAGCCACUCGGCACACAGCAGAGAGGAGCAGGAUGAGAAGGAGGAAGAGCGAGAGGAGGAGAGAGGAAGAAGCGGACGGCACGCGGCGGCCGAGUUGUCAGAGCCGCACCUGCGGACGCUGUGCCACCAGGUGUGGCCGGUGUUAGCUGUGAUGGGGGGAGUAGAUGGUGGGUUAAGGAUGGGGGGACGGUGUGUGCACAAGCAGACUGGGAGACACGCUACUCUGCUGGGUGUGGUGAAGGAGGGUAGCACAUCAGCUAAGGUGCAGUGGGAUGAGGCGGAGAUUACAAUCAGCUUCCCCACUUUUUGGUCGCCCAGUGACACGCCGUUGUACAACUUGGAGCCAAUCGAGCCUCUUCCCUUCGACGUUUCACGUUUCCGCGGACUCACUGCGGCUCUGCUGCUGGACCUCACCGCCCUCGCAAGCCUGCAGGACGACAGCUCCAAAUCUGCCUCCGGUCGGCGGCACGAGAGAAGACAUCGCCACGAACCCCAGGAAGAACGGGAGAAUGAGUCGCACACCAAACCGAAAGAGGGGACGGGAGACCUGCGUGUAUCUCACAGUUUAGAUGAGGUUCGAGCUCGAGCUCCACCCAACUCUCGCUCCGAGAGCGAGCUCGCUGCCUACACACAGGAUGCCACACAGCAGACUCCAGCAGAGGGACGGCGCAGGCUGCAGGAGAUGGUGGGGACGCGCUCGCAGGAGGCGGCUGCGCAGAUGGAGGUUCAUGCGGUGCAGUUGUCAUAUCUGUAUCUGGGAGCGAUGAAGACCCUGAGCGUACUUCUGAGCUGCAGUAAAUACGCUGAGCUGCUGCUGAUCCCCAAAGUCACACCUGACAGCGGUCAUAAUGCGGAUUGUGCCAGCCCUGGGGUGAGCGUGUGUCAGGAGGAGGCGGAGCUGCGAUCGGCUCUGCAGUUUCUGAUGCGACACAUGGUGAAGCGGGCGGUGAUGAGGUCGCCCAUUAAAAGGGCACUUGGGCUGGCAGACCUAGAGCGGGCGCAAGCCAUGAUCUACAAACUGGUGGUCAAUAGCCUACUUGAAGAACAGGAUGGCCACAUUUCUAAACCAGUGGACACAGAGUGUGAGGAGUUAGAGGGAGACCAACGGUUUCAAACUCCGGUCACCACCUCCCCAUCAGCCUCCAGCAGUACCUCCUUCAUGAGCUCCUCGCUGGAGGACACCACCACAGCCACCACACCUGUUACCACAGCCACCACACCUGUCACAGACGCCGAGACAGCACCGGCUUCUGAAUCACCUGGAGUAAUGCCCCUCAGCCUGCUCCGGCAGAUGUUCUCCAGCUACCCAACAACUACCCUUCUGCCAGCACGUAGAGCUCAGACCCCUCCUGUCUCAUCGCUGCCCACCUCACCAUCAGACGAGCACGGCCGGAGACAGAGCCUCACGUCACCUGAGACCCAGCCUGCCAGGACCACCAGCAGGACCGCAUUAUCAGACCCUAGCAGUCGUCUUUCCACAUCUCCACCUCCUCCUGCCAUCGCCGUUCCACUGCUGGAAAUGGGUUUCUCUCUCAGGCAGAUCAUGAAAGCUUUGGAAGCAACAGGUGCACGUGGUGAGGCAGAUGCUCAGAACAUCACUGUGCUUGCGAUGUGGAUGAUCGACCACCCAGGCACGGCAGACUCUGAUGAGGCUUCAGACCCCUGCUACGGUGCAGCAGGAGGGGGUAAGAGCACAGAGAGGAGCUAUCUGCGCUCACCGGGUGACAUCCCCAAUGCUGAUGCUGCAGAGAUGGAGGAGGGAUUCAGUGAGAGUCCUGAAGGUCUUGAUCAGGAUUUGGGCUCUUCCUCUGCCGGCCCCACUCCCAGAGGACGCUCUGCAGCCAACAGGAAACAUCGCUUUGACCUGGCUGCACGCACAUUAUUAGCUCGUGCAGCUGGACUGUACCGCUCAGUGCAGGCACAUCGAACUCAAGCACGUCGAGAAGGCUCUGGACUGCAGCAGGAGCCUGGGCCGCUCGGGGCGCUGUAUGACUUCAAUCUGGAUGAAGAGUUGGAGCUCGAAUUGGAUCAGGAAGCCAUGGAGGCCAUGUUCAACCAGGAGCUUGCAUCUGAUUCCGACAUUCUGGGAAUGUGGAUCCCGGAGGUACUGGACUGGCCAACAUGGCAUGUGUGUGAGACGGAGGACCGUGAUGAGGUGGUGGUGUGUGAGCUGUGUGGGGUCAGCGUGUCCAGCUUCAACCAGCACAUGAAGAAAAGUCACCCGGGCUGUGGUCGCAGUGCCAAUCGCCAAGGUUACCGCAGCAAUGGCUCUUAUGUUGACGGCUGGUUUGGAGGGGAGUGUGGAAGUGGAAAUCCCUAUUAUUUGCUCUGUGGCAGCUGCAGAGAGAAAUACCUUAACUUGAAGAGCAAGAUCAAAGGACCACUGCCUGAGAGGUAUAAAGGUCAAGCACAAGACCUGUUGGGAAAGCAAGACAGCGUGUAUGAAGAAGACUGGGACAUGAUGGAUGUAGAUGAUGCAGGGCGUCUGACGGGUGAGGAGGAGUUUGAGUUGCUCUCUGCUCCGCUUGGUCUUAGUGAACGCAGACCCGUCCCGGAGGCUGUCCAUUUUCCAGACACCGACCCUCUUGGAGCCUCUGUUGCCAUGGUCACUGCCACCAACAGCAUGGAGGAGACUCUCUUGCAGAUAGGUUGCCAGAGCUCAGUGGAUAAGAGCUCAUCAGGUCGCUUGUCUUUGGGGGAGCAGGCGGCAGGUCUGCAGACGUCUGCCGAUUGCCUGGUGGCUCUGAAAAGAGUCACUGCAGCUGCACAAAUCCUGUUAGCCAGAACAAUGGUCAUGAGAGCACUCUCCCUCCUGUCUGUUAGUGGCUCUAGUUGCAGUCUAGCAGCAGGAUUGGAGUCUCUGGGCUUGACAGACAUUAGGACUCUGGUGCGUCUGAUGUGUUUGGCUGCAGCAGGUAGAGCUGGACUUUCCACAGGCCUUACAUUAGGCCCUGGAUCCUCUGAGCGCCCACGAGGGACUAGCAAGCUAACCAAACCCAUUUCUUGUUUGGCGUAUCUCAGUACUGCCGUUGGCUGUCUGGCAUCGAACAGCCCCAGCGCUGCCAAACUCCUGGUCCAGCUGUGCACUCAGAAUCUGAUAUCAGCUGCCACCGGGAUGAAUCUGACCACAGUAGAUGAUCCAAUCCAGAGGAAGUUCUUGCCCAGUUUCCUGAGGGGAGUGGCAGAAGAAAACAAACUGGUGACGUCGCCCAAUUUCGUGGUGACCCAGGCGCUGGUGGCACUACUUGCCGAUAAAGGUGCCAGGCUUCGACACGGCUACGACAAGGCUGAGCUGGAAAAAAGAGGCCCAUUGGAGCUGGCAAAUGCGCUGGCGGCGUGCUGCCUCUCAUCUCGGCUCUCGUCACAGCACCGUCAAUGGGCCGCGCAGCAGCUCGUGCGCACACUGGCGGCUCACGACCGGGACAACCAGAGCCGCCCGCAGACCUUCGCUGAUGUGGCAGGAGACCUGCGGAAGUGGUCCACUUUCAGACUCGAGGCCCACCAGAGCAGGGUGAUCACAUGUGGGUGGUGUAGUAAAAAAGGCCUUCUGGCAACUAGUGGGAAUGAUGGGACGGUCCGCAUUUGGAACGUGACCAAAAACCUGUACACUCUGCAGCAGACAUGUGUCUUUAAUAAAGGAGAUGACACUUCGGGCGAGUGCAUGGGUAAUCUGGGGUCUCCAGGCGAUCCAAACUUGGCUUCAGUGGCUUGGAGUGUCAGUGGGAAGUACUUGGCUGCUGCCAUGGAAAAAAUAGUGAACAUUUGGCAAGUCAAUGGUGGGAAGGUCUCACUGGACCUGCAGCCUCAUUGGGUGUCAUCUUUAGCUUGGCCAGAAGAGGAGGCAGGGUCACUGUGGGGCGGGGAGCCUCGAGAGCUCCUGUUGGUGGGUCGCAUGGAUGGGACACUGGGGCUUCUUGAGGUCCUUGAUGAUUCUGAAAUGCAGAGAACUGAACUCCAGCACUGCUUCAGGAAAGACGUGGCUGUGAUGCAGAUCGCAUGGUACAGUGAGGAUAGUCCCUUUGCAGUUGGAUAUGCUGAUGGAAGGCUUCUGAUUGGCUCUAAGGAGCCUUCAGAGAAUGGAUCUGUGGUGGUUAUUGAUGCCCACAAGGAAAGCAUCAGUUCAUUGCGCUGGGCUCCUGGUGGACAAGUGUUGCUAAGCUGUGCUAAAGAGGAGAUUGUACGUUUAUGGGCAGGGUCAGGGACAGGUUUGGCUCAAAGCUGGACAUGUCUGCAAAGCAUCACCCAUCCUGCUGUUGUUAAUGCUGUUGCCUGGUGCAGCCUGGCUUGCCAGGGACCUAAACCUCUCAACAUGUUUGCCACAUGUUGUCAGAGCGGUUUGGUAUCUGUGUGGACGGUACCGCAGGACCCUUCAUCAUACUCACAGUCCAGCACUGCCUGCCUUGAUGCCUGGUGGGAAUCAGAAUCCAAAUCCAAACUGAUGCUGGAAACCCAGCGGUGUGAGGGAGCAAUGUGUGUGUUCCAGCUGCAGGGUCAUAUGACUUCUGUGCGGACAGUAGCGUUCAGUCCAGAUGGGCUUGCUCUUGUGUCUGGAGGGGUUGGCGGACUUUUGAACAUCUGGUCAUUGCGGGAUGGAUCAGUGUUGCAGACGGUAGUUGCUGGAUCUGGAGCGAUUCACAGCACAGUUUGGAUCCCUGAUGUGGGUGUAGCUGUUUGCUCCAAUCGCUCAAAGGAUGUGCUGGUUGUUAAUAGCUCAGCGGAGUCCAUGGCAAACAAUCACGUGUUAGCAACUUGUCGUACGGCACUAAAAAAGCAGGGCGUUGUGGGACUGAACAUGGCUCCAUGCAUGAGAGCCUUCUUGGAGAGACUUCCCAUCAUGCUUCAGGAGCAGUAUGCAUAUGAGAAGCCUCAUGUGGUGUGUGGAGAGCAGCUCGUUCACAGUCCUUAUAUGCAGUGUCUGGCGUCUCUGGCAGUUGGUCUGCAGCUGGACGCUCUGCUGUGUCACCCUCCUGUCCCACCUCACCUGGCCCACUGCCCCCCUGAGCCUGGCUCUUCCUCCACCCCCUCAUCUGGCUCCUGGGCCAACAGUGAGUGGGCAUGGCUUCACUGCUUCUCCACCACCGUCAAAACAGCUGAAGCCCUCGCACGCGGACACACCUUCCCCGAGUCCUUCAUCGUCCCGGACCUGGAGCCUGUGGCCAAAGAUAAACUGGCACUGCUUAUGGACAACAGCAAGUGGGUGUCUGGGAUAGAUGAGCAGAUCAUGUCAUGGGCCACUUCCAGAUCAGAGGACUGGCACCUUGGAGGGAAGUGCGAUGUAUUUUUAUGGGGUGCUGGCAGGCAUGGGCAGCUCGCUGAGGCCGGGCGAAACAUUUUGGUGCCAACUCUUGCUCCCUCUUUUUCUCAGGCCCAACAGGUUGUUUGUGGGCAGAACUGCACAUUUGUGAUCCAGGCAAACGGAACAGUGUCUGCAUGUGGAGAGGGCAGUUACGGUCGCCUCGGACAAGGAAAUUCAGAUGAUCUGCACGUCCUCACUGUUAUAUCUGCUCUGCAAGGCUUUGUAGUGACCCAGCUAGUAACGUCCUGUGGGUCUGAUGGCCAUUCAAUGGCUCUAACUGAGAGCGGUGAGGUGUUCAGCUGGGGAGAUGGAGAUUACGGAAAACUGGGGCACGGUAACAGUGAUAGACAGCGCAGGCCACGGCAGAUAGAGGCGCUGCAGGGAGAAGAAGUGGUGCAGAUGUCAUGUGGAUUUAAACACUCAGCAGUGGUGACUGCAGACGGAAAGCUCUUCUCCUUUGGUAAUGGAGAUUAUGGCAGACUGGGACUUGGAAACACCUCUAACAAAAAAUUACCUGAGAGAGUCAGUGCAUUAGAGGGCCACCAGGUUGGCCAGGUUGCAUGUGGGCUGAAUCACACUUUGGCAGUAUCUGCUGAUGGAAUGACCGUCUGGGCGUUUGGAGAUGGAGACUAUGGCAAACUGGGACUGGGAAACUCUACAGCCAAAUCCUCCCCACAGAAAGUGGAUGUUUUGUGUGGAAUUGGAAUAAAGAAAGUGGCAUGUGGUACCCAGUUCUCUGUUGCUCUAACCAAAGAUGGAAAUGUGUACACAUUUGGGCAAGAUCGCUUAAUUGGUCUGCCGGAGGGUCGAGCACGAAAUCAUAACCGGCCUCAGCAGGUCCCUGCUUUAAUGGCCAUGUUUAUAGAGGAUGUGGCUGUAGGGGCCGAACACACGCUUGCUGUCUCAUCAACAGGAGAUGUUUAUGCCUGGGGGAGCAACUCAGAAGGACAGCUGGGCUUGGGCCACACCAACCAUGUCAGAGAGCCAACCCUCAUCAGUGUUUUACAAGGCAAAAACAUCCAGCAGAUAUCUGCAGGUCGCUGCCACAGCGCAGCAUGGUCUGCACUGCCUGUGCCGCCACGUGCUCCAGGUUCAUCAGUGCCUCUGCAGCUGGGCUUGCCCGUGUGUGUGCCUCCUCAGUACAGUGUCCUAAGAGAGGUCAGUAUGGAGGCUCUGAGAGCCCGCCUGCGCCUGCUCUACCACUUUUCUGACCUCAUGUACUCCUCCUGGAGACUGCUAAACCUCAGCCCCAACAACCAGAGCUGCACCUCACGCUAUAAUGCAGGUACAUGGGGUAUAGUCCAAGGUCAGCUGAGGCCCUUACUGGCCCCUAGAGUUUACACACUGCCCAUGGUGCGCUCUAUCGGGAAAACCAUGGUGCAAGGGAAGAACUACGGGCCACAGAUCACAGUCAAAAGAAUCUCUACACGAGGAAGGAAGUGUAAACCCAUAUUUGUGCAGAUCGCCAGACAGGUUGUGAAACUAAAUGCAUCUGAUCUGAGGCUGCCGUCACGAGCCUGGAAAGUCAAACUGGUGGGAGAGGGGGCUGAUGAUGCCGGAGGGGUGUUUGACGACACAAUCACAGAGAUGUGCCAGGAGCUGGAGACAGGAGUGGUGGAUCUUCUCAUCCCUUCUCCCAACGCCGCAGCAGAGGUGGGCUACAACCGAGACAGGUUCUUGCUGAACCCCUCAGCCUGUCUGGAAGAGCACCUACUGCAGUUCAAGUUCUUGGGUAUUCUGAUGGGAGUGGCCAUCCGCACGAAGAAGCCUCUAGACCUGCAUCUCGCUCCAAUGGUGUGGAAGCAGCUGUGCUGUAUUCCUCUCACCCUUGAAGAUCUGGAGGAGGUGGACCUGCUCUAUGUACAGACUCUCAACAGCAUCUUACACCUGGAGGACAGCGGCAUCACAGAGCAGAACUUCCACGAGAUGAUUCCACUGGACUCAUUUGUCGGCCAAAGUGCUGAUGGGAAAAUGGUUCCCAUCAUCCCUGGAGGAAACAGCAUACCGCUGACCUUUUCCAACAGAAAGGAGUAUGUAGAGCGCGCCAUUGAGUAUCGCCUGCAUGAAAUGGAUCGCCAGGUGGCGGCAGUGCGCGAGGGCAUGUCCUGGAUCGUGCCUGUUCCCUUGCUCUCCUUGUUAACAGCGCGGCAGCUGGAGCAGAUGGUCUGUGGGCUGCCGGAGAUCAGCGUGGAGGUUCUGAAGAAGGUGGUCCGCUACAGGGAGGUGGACGAGCAGCAACAGCUGGUGCAGUGGUUCUGGCAGACGCUGGAGGAGUUCUCCAAUGAGGAGAGAGUCCUCUUCAUGCGCUUCGUCUCGGGACGCUCCCGUCUGCCAGCUAACACUGCUGAUAUAUCCCAAAGGUUCCAGAUCAUGAAGGUGGACCGGCCAUACGAUAGUCUUCCCACCUCUCAGACAUGCUUCUUCCAGCUCCGCCUCCCACCUUACUCUAGCCAGACGGUCAUGGCAGAGCGGCUGCGUUAUGCUAUUAAUAACUGCCGUUCUAUUGACAUGGACAACUACAUGCUCUCCCGCAAUGUGGACAACGCAGAGGGGUCGGACACCGAUUACUGACCCCCUGCAUGCACACGUAAACACAGUCUGUGUAGGACUCACUUUAGUAUUCGGUGCAGGCUUUUAUGAUUUUUAUGAUUGCCAAUGUCUUCAGAUACAUCUUAAACACAUAAUCAAGUGUUUCUUAGUAAUUAAGCUGAACUUGGGUGAGCCACACACACGUACACACUGGCACAUGUGUUGAUGUAUAUUCCUUCUCUUUACUUUGAAGCGGCGUCUUUCUCUGCUAUUCAUUCUUUGGCUCUGCCUUUUUUUCAGGAUAUUCUGCAUGAAAGUUUUAUUUAAAAAAAAAAAUGUAUAGAAUGACAAAAAAAUUGUACAUUGUGUAUAAUGCUUCAUUAGGAAAUUGUUUUACAUGAGUAUCUGUAUUUAUUUGAAUUUUUUGAACCGCCUACACCAAGUUUCCUAUGUCAGAUGCAAUAAAUGUUUGAAUCUGAAACAGC